CUCUACUACAUUUGAUUUGACUGGCGGGCGACGGACAGAGGAGAGGAAGUAGCUUUGAGCAACGGUUGUGAACUAAACACUUACUUUAAACAAUCAACGAGUUUAUUAGCAGUGAAUCUGGAGACAUGCACGAAGAUGACAGGCUGCUCUGUAUACUUUGUCAGCGGUCCGAACAGACGAAGAUCACAGGAGCAUUAUCCACCAAAGAGGACGUCACGGCCCACCAGAACUGUUUGUUGUUUUCCUCUGCACUCUUUUGUCGCAACACUCCGCAGUUCGACGAUCUGUUUGGUUUCUCUGUGGAUGAUGUGUUCAUCGAGGUGAAACGAGGACGACAACUGAUCUGUAACAAAUGUAAGAAGAGGGGAGCCACGGUUGGGUGUGAAGUCAGACGCUGCAAGAAGUCCUACCACUACCCGUGUGCUGUGGAAGAAAGAGCCAAGAUCGUUGAGGAUGUAACCAAGGAGGAAUAUGUGCUGUACUGCUACAAACACUAUCCAAAAACAGAAGAAAACAACCCCUCCGAAAAUGGAUCUCUCGCUUUAGGCUCAAAGUCCAGAGCUUACAGAAAUCCUGAAGAAGCUAGAACAUCUAAGGUUUAUUGCCUUACCUGUGAGAAGUCAGAAGGAAACAUCAGCUUGGAAAGUUUGUCUUAUAGCGUUGUUAUGUCAUAUUGUGACAAACAUGCUCCUGGUUCACACAAGAAGAAUGCCAGUGGUGACUCUACUAACCAGCGGCCGACUGUGUACAGCAGUGACUCAAACUCAUCCAGCAGUAGGAAGCCUUCAUCUAUCAAGAGACAGUUGAGUUUCAGAGACAAACAGAACGGGACCCCUUCUAAACGUAGUUCUAAAGUCUCAUGGGCUUCACUGCGGGAUGAUUCUUCAAAUUCAGGCAAUAAUGAACCGGAUUCAAUAACGGCCCCUUUAGAUACUGAUAUAGAUGAUAGUGAACACCUGGUUGGUGAGCCUCUCACGAGGGAGACUCAUUUCUGUCUGGAGGAAGAGAGCAGAGAUGAAGAUGAAACGGAGGCUGAGUCAGAGAGUCUGCUGCCUCCUUUCUCUCAGCCACUUCCUGCCUCUCAGGCUGACUUCCCCACUCAGACGCCUCCGAUGUCUCCGGUGUUCCCUCCCAGUGAAGUUUGGUGUAAGACGGAGAGACAGACACAGGCAGACGAUGGAGGUACAUUUUCACACCACGAUGAGAUGAACUUAGUGUUAGGAAGCCUGCACAUGAAUAAGGAACUGGAGUUGUGUUGCUGUGUAAUGUGUGCUGUCAGUCCUGAGGAGAGUCCUGUCGACAGUCCAUCUGAUCCACACACCGCUGGACCCUCUCCCUCUGCUCUCACUGAUGCUGGCAGCUCAGCCUGCGUGACCCUCCCCACUUCCUGUUCCCCUCCUGUGGCCCCUCCCUCUCCUGUGGCCCCUCCCCCUAUGGAUGCCCCUCCCCCUUGUGUGGCCCCUCCCCCAGACCCCUCCCCCAGCGGGGCCUCCAGACGGUUCUGGAGGAGCUGUAACGCUGCCGGCUGCACGCAGAACAUCUUCAGAGGUUUCUAUAAGGAGAUAAGCGACGUCUCCGACAGGAUUCAGGCAGAGCAGGCCAGCCAGGAGGAUUAUGAUCUGGCGUUAACAGUGAUGAGGGCUUCUGGGAAACUGUUAGAGCUUGUGGUCAAUCAGCAGGAAGAGUUACAAGGGAAGCAAAGGGAGCUUCAGGAGGCAGCGGCAGCGAUGGAGGAGGCCGUCUCAGCGCUGAGGAGAGAUGAGGAGCAGCUGUCGUAGUCACACACACAUCACAGUUAACCGUAGACAAUGGUAAAGGGCUGGAUGUGGAACUACAAAACUGCAUCAAUAUAAGCAUCGAUAAAUUCACAAAAUAGUAACAAAUUCGACCCAAAUACAUUUUUAUUGAACCAAAUAAUGGGUUUCAUUUUAAAACCUUUUAUUAAAAUGGAAAGAAAAAUUAUCUUAAAGAAGUUCCACAUCCAACACGAGCAACUGACCCAAGUUUGCAAGAGUUUUGGAAUUGUAAAAAUAACUAUUUUGCAAAGAAAUGUGCAUUUAAGUUUCAUCCUUUUUAUGACGUGAAGCCGACAUAUAUUAGACAUACGAUAUUAUUCACAUGUGUGCAAUGUUUAAAAUGUAUAUUAUACCUUAUGUGAAUGUCCGAGGUUGUUGAAUGUUAAUAAGAAGUUGCUUCUCAAAAGGUACAAGAAGAAGAGAAGUAGUCCAAAGAUGUUUUUUAUAUCACUCUAUGUGUAAGUUUUGGAGUUUUUACCUCUAAUAAUGUCAUUGCUGUGAAAAGGAUGGAUGCAUUUAUUUUAGAUUAGAUAUUGUUCAAACUGGUACUCAAACGCAGAAGAGCUGAAAUAGUUCUACAGUUAGAGGUUGAGUACUUGUGGAGUCAGACAUGUUUACAUUAUUGAUGUUCAAUCAGUCGUCUUGUUCAGGGUUACAUUCAUCAACUGUUGCAGAGUAAAGCUGAUCGUCUUCA